CACCACCACACUCCUCCUCCUCCCCUUCCACCUCUUCCCACCUCUACUCGCCCUCUCUCCACCCUACCUCCCACCACAGACCCGACCAUGUCGUACUACUCCAUGCUUGGCCUCUCCACCUUUAACAUUGAGAACGGGUUCCUGGAGGCUCUUGCCCGCUCCUUCCGCGACGCCCUCCUCACCCGGGCAGACUACCAGAACCUCAUGCAGUGCGAGCGGCUGGACGACCUCAAGCUCCACCUCUCGUCGACCGACUACGGCAACUUUCUGGCCGACGUGCCUGGGGCGCUCAAGACGUCUAUGCUGGAAAAGCGGGCGUGGGACAAGCUUGUGGGCGAGUUUGAGCACAUGCGCCUGCAGGCUGUGCAGCCGCUGGCGCAGUUCAUGGAGUACAUCCGGUACCAGUACAUGAUCGACAACGUGGUCUUUCUCAUCACCGGCACGCUCCACGGCAAGGACGCUGAGACGCUGCUCUCCAAGUGCCACCCGCUGGGCAAGUUUGACUCGAUGGCGACGCUGACUGUGGCUACUACCGCCGCCGAGCUGUACGACUACGUGCUUGUGGAGACACCGCUGGCCGGCUACUUUGUCAACGCCUCGCUGCAGGAGGGCGACCUCGACGAGAUGAACAUCGAGAUCAUUCGGUCGACGCUGUACAAGGCGUACCUGGAGGACUUUUACAAGUUUGUGUGCUCGCUCGGCGGCGUGACGGCGUCGGUGAUGAAGGAGAUUCUCGAGUUUGAAGCCGACCGGCGGUCGAUCAACAUCACCAUUAACUCGUUUGGCACCGAGCUCUCGGUCGAUGACAAGAAGAAGCUGUACCCCUCGUUCGGUCAGCUCUACCCUGAGGGCAUCGACAAGCUGCUGAAGGCUGAGGAUCUGGACAUGGUCCGGGCUGCUGUCGACUUUUACACUCCGCUCGACCAGUUCUUCGACGACGUUGACGGCAUUGGCGGCGACUCGCUCGAGGACAAGUUUAUUGCCCACGAGGUCCACCUGCACAAGGAGUCGUUCAACCAGCAGUACCAUCUCGGCGUCUUCUACUCGUUCCUCAAGCUCAAGGAGCAGGAAAUCCGCAACCUGCUGUGGAUCGCCGAGUGCAUUGCGCAGAACCAGCGUGACCAGAUGACCAAGUUUGUGCCGAUGUGGUAAACCAACAUCUCUGCCG